AUGCGAGCAUCCAUCGGUCAGUCAAAAGAGGCGCAAAUUUGUGAACCUAUGACUGCCCCCCCCCCGUUUUCACCACCCACCUGCCUCACACUCCACCAAUCCCCUUUCGCGCGCGCGCAUCAAGCCUCGCCCAGCCUUCUGCCGCAGUCCGUCGACUCAGCACCGCUCUUACCUCUGUUUAUCGCAACGCUCACAGCACCAACAGUCUGCCUGCACCUAACCGCAAGUCAGCACCCUUAGCCGUCGCUGGCUUGUCCGUCUCCAAACCCAACCACCGUCGACCCAACCAGUCGGCGAGAUUCCCCUAGGGGCCCUAUACAGCGAACUUCACACAGACCCACCACCAUGGUUUUCUCCGCUUAACCAGCCCGCUCACCCAGCGGAUCACAACAACCCACCAGAUUAUCUUUACGUGAGUAGCCCUCGUCUGACACGAGUCUUUGCGCGCCGCGAAGCUCACUCGUGCAUGUCGUUGCUCGUUCUCAGCCGAGCUCACCCGUCAACUCUACCGAGUUGACUUCUCACGCUUCAAGCAACCCCCACCAUUCAGCCACCUUGACGCCCUACCCAGGCCGUCCUCAACCUUCGCCAUCAUGGCCGCAAUCUAUCAAUGCCCCGCUCAAUUCUUCGAGCACUACCCACCUCAACAAGCACAGCUCCAACGCCUCACCGCUUGUAGUGGCUCCCUCCCCAUCACCGACACCUAGCACCCUCGACGUGAUUCAACAGUUGUUGAACAAUCAUCAAAAUUGCGAUUUUAGCAAGUCCUCAGCCAGCCUAGUUGGUCAUCAGCAAGGUUCUACGUCUGGCCCGACCUCGCAGUUCCCGCCGCACGCGUCGCAUCAGCACCAGCAACAAGCAAACUUGCAGCCUCUUCCAGCGUAUCUCAAUCGACCGUACGCGAGGUCUCAAACCAACUCGUUCAAGCUACCGCAACACAGACAGCGUUCCCUGCAGGUGCCCCAACAGACGUCGCAUCAGCCUCGUUCGGCCCCACCGACUUCCGACUCUGCCCGUUUCCCUCAAAACGUCCAGAACCUCGACCAAGCCCAGUAUCAACGACUCUUAUUCCGAGCCUUUGCUUCCGUGCCAUCCACUUCUGUGUCUCAGUCUCACGUUCCAGCUUCGUCUCCGUACUUCUUGGCUCCUCUUCCGCCCCACCUCGCUCGCGCUAUCCACACCAUGACCACUUCCUCCCCUGCUCAAGCGACUUCGAGCCCGGUCAUCGCUGAUAUCCCCGACCCUGCAACUAAGUCUUUCGAAGGUGAGUGGCCUGCCCCGCUGAGAGAUUUCCACCGUCGGUCCAUUCGGCUCCGCCUAACACUCGUUCACUUGCAACGGUGCAUCACAGACGAAAGCUUCAGCUUGGGACCCAUGUCAGCCGAUGAUCCCGCGUGGCUUGGCCACGGUCUUGGUCGCCCCGAGGACGACUUCUUCAGCUCUCCAGAGUGGACCGACCCUUCGCCAGCGUUGACUUGCUCAUUGUCGUUCGACGCCCACUCUUCCUACGAUCCCAGCCCGCUGUUGGCCGACAACUACGAGGGGGAGUUGCCAGAAUUAGCUGGCUUCCCCCUGUUCGGACCUGCACCUCCUGACGCGUCUUCGUCCACGGACGGUAGUGCUCAGGUUAGCCCGGUUCAAGCCCUUCAGCGGGAGUUUGCAGCCCACAUGAGUGCAGACGCCGAUUUCACUCUCUUCCCGGAAAGUGAAGCCUCAGCAACUUCUCCCAGUCGACGCUCGCAGAUGGCGUUCAGCCGCGAGACGGAAGACCCCGCCUUGAAGCUCUUGCGUGCCUUGAGCUCUAGCGCAUUGCCGACAGUUUCGCCUGAAGCGUCUGCUGCUGCUGCGCCAACCGCUUGUGCGUCUCCGCAGGAAAUCUCGCUGGACCGCAGCAGAUCGACGCCGACGCCAGAGGUGAGCUUCAAUCAGUUGGCCAGCAGCUCCAGCACGAGCGGUCGCGAAGGGUCAGCUUCGGAGAGGCGUGGUGUCAAGCGUCGUUCCCAGGCCGAGCUCUUGCCGAUGGAUGCACCUAUCCAGCCGCGCAAGUACUCGGCUCCUUCUGCCACCUCGCGCAGGGAUGCCUUUCUGGAGGAAGAGGCUGCGAUCGCAGCGGAAACGGAUGCGGUCAAGGCUAAGCGUAUGUCCAAUACACUCAGUGCUCGUCGCAGCCGUUUGAGAAAGCAGCAGGAGCAGCAAGCGUUCACGGACAGGAUCACAGAGCUCGAGGAAGAAGUCGCGAUGUGGAAGCGAAGAUGCUUAGCAGCCGAAGCAGGCCGGCUUUCGGAUGCAGACGCAGAGGGCAGCGAUGACGCUUGA